AUGGCACCCUUUUCUCGCGCCGCUGUCGAUUCAACAGUUACCCCUGCACUUCAGCUCCUUAGGAUUACAUCUCGACCUUCCACAGUCUUGAACCGCCUUGCGUUUCGCUCGCGCACCGACGCGCAGAAUGGGACAUUGAAUACACUUGGAUUCACCUACGGUCCUGGAUUUUCAACAGGAUAUACGACAUGCGCGACAUGGUCCGACAAAUCGCAACAGUCUCGGCUUACACGUCCGAAGUCGCAACCCAGCCAAACAUCCCUGUCGACACUCGAAACACAUAAUCGACGAGACUUUCAUACCUACUUUGUGACGCAUUUACCGUCAUCUUCUGUUCAUCCCGAUUCUCGCCCGAGAGGACCCGGCCACAAACUCCCUCGAGAUGCUGCAACCCCUCACAUUCCAAGUGCUGGGCCCGUCCCCGCUGUCGCCCCGCCUUAUAUCCCGUCAACCCGAGACUUGACGGUAGUAAGGAUUCCAAUGCGGAGGGCAAAGCAUCAUCUCGGAGUCGCGACAGAUCGAGGAAGUCGUCCUUAUAAUGAAGAUAGAGAACAGGCCGGCACAAUCAGUCUCCCGGCCUUUGCAAAGAGAGCGCCAAGGAGCGUAAAGCACAACCCGGGAGAAGCCACGGCAGCGGAUAGUGCUUGGGGAGACCCUCAGAUCUUUUAUUUUGGCGUUUUUGAUGGGCAUGGCGGCAGUGAAUGUGCUGAAUUCAUCAGGGACGAGUUGCCCGGGUAUAUCGAGAAGGCAUCGGAAGAGUUCGGACUGCAGAGCAGUUUGCGCAAGAAGAAGCCAGGCCGUGAGGGUAUACAUAGCCACCACCAUGACCACAAGCACAAGCACGCUCGCGCAACCCAGUCAGCGCAACCCACCAAGGGUCCUUCGACGAAACGCGAGGCUCUUGAUGCAGUUCCCAUGAAAGGACCAGAAGAGGUCAAGAAUGAAAUGAAUGUGCCUGAGACGAACGAGGGCGGCAUUCCUGAAAAGCCAGUGCAUGGAGAGCGAAUACACAGCGCAACUUCACCACCUGCUGAAGUCUCAGACCUUUCAAAAGCAAUUCGUAUGGAAAAGAGCUUGGUCAAGGAAUACAGAGACACUAUCGGUGGUUAUUUCAGGCGAUUUCACCCUGAAUACUUUGUCCUCUCACGGGAUGAGAAUCCAGGAGACGGACGCAAGAUCACGAUUGAAUCGGUACUUGCGUAUGCAUUCUUACGGGCAGAUCUCGAUUUUGUGUCCGCUCAGGCGCGGAAGGUUGAUCCUGAGGAUGCGAAAGGAGCCGACGACACCCCUGUUAACAACGACGAGGUCUUUGGCCAUCCGUCUACACCCUCCGGCCAUGGAAUUGGGGGUCCUGAGCGAUUCAAGGGGGGUUCCACAGCCUCAGUAGCCCUUAUCUCUACACCAACGCCUGCCCCUUUUUGGCACCCGGCAGCCCAGAGCACAUUACUAUGUGCCCAUGUCGGAGAUAGUCGCAUUCUUCUUUGCGACACUGCUACCGGUUUAGCUCAGCCCUUGACAUCCGACCACCACCCCAGUAGCCCGACUGAGAGUCGCCGGUUACGACGAUAUGCACCUGCCGGGUCAAUGGUUUCCGGCGAUAGCUUCGGCGAGGAACGCAUUGCUGGUCUGGCCAACAGCCGUGCAUUUGGAGACAUGAAGAGCAAGCGCAUUGGUGUCUCAGCUGAACCAGAGCUUACACGGGUCGAGAUGGGUCCUGCCCAAUACUCAUUCCUUGUUCUAAUGACGGACGGUAUUUCUGGAACCCUGAGUGAUCAGGAAAUUGUAGACGUUGUUAAAGAGGCCCGUACGCCUGAAGAUGGAGCCCGCAACAUCGUCAAAUAUGCCACUGAGGUUUCUUCUGACGGCGAUAACGCAACGUGCCAAGUGGUACGUCUGGGUGGCUGGGAGCGUCGAUCUGAAGGUGGAUUAGGCAGUUUAGGAACCAAGGAGAUCCGUGAUGCUCGCAUUGCGGAGGCUCAAGAUCCGCGACGAGGAAAAAGGUAA